AUGGUAUACCGCUACUCCCUCUUGCGGCCUAAGUCUGUAUUAUCAUUCAUUGCAUCCCUAGCUUUCUGCGAAAGCACAUUUUUAGACUGUAGCGCUGGUCCCUUGAGCGAAAACGGUGUUUGUGAUACAUCUCUUGAUCGCAUAUCUCAGGCCAGGUCCCCUGUGGAGGCCAAGACACCGGAAGAGAAAAUCAAUAAUACCCGCUAUGAUUCACCGGGUGUCUCUCGACUGGGUCUCCCAGCGUACAACUGGUGGAAUGAGGUCCUACAUGGCGUGGCGAAGAAACAUGGCGUAUCAUCCUCCGACAGCGGCAACUACAGGUAA